UUUGCGGAAGCUCGGUGACAGCAGCUAACCCGAGGCUUGUCGCCUUAUUUUUUCUUGUUAAUGCUCUAACUAGCUGUGUUUUAUUGUCCAAAAUGAAUCUACCGAAGGGACCAGAUUCUCUGUGCUUCGACAAGGACGUUGUUAUGAGGGAUGACUUUGACGUCGACCAGUUCGUGGCUGAGUGUCGGAAACAGGUCCAGCUGGAGGAGAUGAGAGAGGACCUGGAGCUCUACUACAAGCUCCUGAAAACGGCCAUGGUGGAGCUCAUCAACAAAGACUAUGCAGACUUUGUGAACCUCUCCACCAACCUGGUGGGGAUGGACAAAGCUCUCAAUCAGCUUUCUGUGCCUUUAGGACAGUUACGGGAGGAGGUUAUGAGUCUUCGGUCCUGUGUCAGCGAAGUGAUCCAGGCUAUAGACAACCAGCUGUCCAAACAGGAAGACCUGCAGAAAAAGAAGGUGUGCGUGCUGAGGUUGAUCCAGGUCGUACGCUCAGUGGAGAAGAUCGAGAAAAUCCUCCACUCACAGAACUCCAAGGAAUCCAGCUCUCUGGAAAUCAGCAGUCCUUUGUUAGCAGGUCAGAUCCUGGAGAGGAUUGCCACAGAAUUCAACCAGCUGCAGUUCCAUGCUGUUCAGAGCAAAGGCAUGCCCCUGCUGGACAAAGUCAGACCACGUAUUGCAGGGAUCACGUCUAUGCUGCAGCAGUCUCUGGAGGGGCUGCUGAUUGAGGGCCUGCAGACGUCUAACGUGGACAUGGUGCGUCACUGCCUGAGGACUUAUGCAACCAUAGACAAGACUCGAGAUGCUGAAGCCCUGGUAGGACAAGUGCUGGUCAAACCUUACAUGGACCAGGUGAUAAUUGAAGAAGUAGUGAAAUCCAAUCCAAGUGGCCUCCAGCUGAUGUAUUCCAGACUGUUGGAGUUUGUUCCCCACCACUGCAGACUGCUCAGAGAGGUGACCGGAGGAGCCAUAUCCAGUGACAAAGCUGACACAGUACCAGGUUACGAUUUCUUGGUGAACUCUGUGUGGCCGGAAAUGAUUAAAGGAAUAGAGGAAAGGUUGGCCUAUCUCUUCAACCCUGGAAACCCUGACAUAUUCUAUGAGCGUUACAGCAUCAGUAUGGAGUUUGUGCGGAAGUUUGAGCGACAGUGCAGCUCGCAGGCCAGUGUAAAGAGACUAAGAGUGCACCCCUCAUAUACCAGCUUCCACAACAAAUGGAACCUGCCUGUUUACUUCCAGCUACGGUACAAGGAAGUAGCAGGACGCCUGGAGAAUGCAAUAAGUGACGGCUUAGAGGCAGCGCCAGCUGGCAGCGUAUACCACCUGCAGGUAUCUGAGGUGCUGUGGUCCUGCCUAGUGAGGUGUUGGUCAGACAAGGUCUAUCUGUCACCCCUGGCCCAUCGGUUCUGGAAGCUUACGCUGCAGCUGUACUCACGAUACGCCAAGUUCCUCGAUGAGGUGUUGACCAAAACUCCGCCUCCUGAGGUGGUUAAAGAGCCAUCCAGACCUCUGCCGAGCUCGGCCUCCUCCACAUCCAGCAGAACGUCACUGGAUGAGGGCGGCAGUGAGAGCGGGAGCCCUGCCUCCCUGUCCACCAAACAGCUGGUUUAUAUUGCAGCAGACAUCCAAAAGCUGCAGGAGCAGAUCCCAGAGUUGUCAGAGAUGGUCAGACAGCGGUUAGAAGCCAUCGGAUUCAAAAACUUUGCUGUUGUAGAAGAUGCUCUAACAGACUCCAAGGCUUGCCUGUCAAGCAGCAUUCCCACUCUUAAUACCAGAAUGACCCAACAUCUGACUGAACGCAGCUGUCGCUUCCUGAAAAGCGCCUCUGAGGUUCCACGACUCUACCGCAGGACUAACAAAGAUCUGCCAGUGCGUGCAUCAGCCUACAUGGACAACGCCUUACGCCCGUUGCAUCAGUUGCUGACUGACUCAACAGGGCUGGUCACCCCGUCAACGGCCCAAGAGUGGCUCCGAGUUGCAUUGUCUGAAUGUACACAGAAGUACUAUGACACCAUCUCUGAGGUGCUGAGCUCAGUGAGAAAGAUGGAAGAGAGUCUGAAGCGCUUGAAGCAGGCCAGAAAGGGCGCGACCACGACUACCACAGCAGGAGCAAAUGGUGGGCCGACGGACGACAGCAAGAUUCGUCUGCAGCUGGCGCUGGAUGUGGAAUAUUUGGGGGAACAGAUUCAGAAGAUGGGCCUCCAGCCAAAUGAAAUCUCCAUGUUCUCCACUCUGAUGGAGCUCGUGAAAGAGGCCCGAGAGCUCGCUGAGCAGAACCAGUAACCAGUGACUGAAGCCUUUUAACAUGCUGCACUCAUCUUCUGAGUAAAAACAAACAUUUCUCCCAGUCGAAGCCGAAGUCAUGGUCUGGCAACGGUUUGUGAUCAUCGCACUAUGAAGAAUGCAGGAAAAGAACCAAGUACAAAAGUCCUUUUUUAACCAUGUGUAAAUAACAUCUCAAUUCAACGCAGACUUCAGAGCCACAGUGCACUAACAUUUCAAACAAUAAGAAGCUGCCAGAGUUGCGGCUGACCAAGCAGAAAAUUGAUGUCGGAAACGGCAGAGAAACUACUACUGGAUCAUUACUGCCUCUGUUGUAGGCAAUACAGAUAAAAGGGACCGCGUGGUUCUGUGCUCAUGAAAUGCUUCUAACAAAGACUGAUGCUGGGUGUUUGUCAUACACGCUGCUCUGCAGGUACUAUGCUGGGUUAGAAUGUUGAAUAACAAGAGUGUCAGAUCUUAGCUGCAAAGGGAGAGGGUUAAUCCUAAAAUGUUUGUCUAAUUACUGCUUUUUGCUGAAGGAUUAUUCUCACAUUAAUACGUUUGUUAAUAGCAUGUACAUGUUCAAAUCAAAGUUGUAUAAUAUAAUGUUUGACAUGAGUGAGUUGGGAAUAAAAUGAAGAACUUUGGAUAUA